AUGUCUGCACAAUCUUCGCCGACAUUUUACCAGUCGUUAGCGGCUGGCGGACUUGCCGGGACAGCGGUCGACCUGCUGUUCUUCCCCAUCGACACCGUGAAGACGCGCCUUCAAUCAUCGCAGGGGUUUAUAAGUGCCGGCGGUUUCAAGGGGGUCUACAAAGGUGUUGGGAGCGUGGUGGUUGGGAGCGCGCCUGGAGCCGCGGUCUUCUUCUGCACCUACGAUACGCUCAAGAAGACCAUCCCCCUACCCUCUGAGUAUGCGCCAGUCACGCAUAUGAUAGCCGCCUCUAUGGGCGAGGUGGCGGCAUGCUCUAUACGCGUCCCCACUGAAGUGAUCAAGACGCGGAUGCAGACGUCGACAUACGGUGCCGCGGCGCAGUCGUCUUUGACCGCCGCGAGGUUGGUCAUGUCCACCCAGGGCAUCCGCGGUUUCUACAGAGGCUACGGCUCUACAAUCAUGAGAGAGAUUCCCUUCACAUCACUACAGUUCCCUCUAUACGAGCUACUGAAGAAUCGUCUGGCACGAAUUCUGGACAGACCGCUGCACGCGUACGAGGCAGCCGUGUGCGGUAGCUUCUCGGGAGGCGUAGCAGCCGCCCUCACAACACCUCUAGACGUCCUGAAGACUCGCGUGAUGCUCGAUCUACGAGACUCGGCAAAGCACGCGCAGCCGUCACUGGCUACACGGUUUCGCGAGAUAUACACGGUAGAGGGUCCAAAGGCGCUAUUUGCGGGCGUCGUACCACGAACUCUGUGGAUAUCUGCUGGCGGCGCGGUGUUCCUGGGCGUGUAUGAAUGGGCCGUUCAUUCGCUGAUGGGUUCGCCUUAG